AUGUCAUUUAACGUUGCAAGUUCCUCCACUGGUAGUUCCAUUAUUUCUUCAUCUGAUCUUCCGAUAGCUGAGAAAAUGAAAGAAUAUAAUGCUAAAGAACUUAAUAGAUUUUUGAAAAAGAGACUAAACAAUAUUAUUAAAUAUAUUGAUACCUUAACAGAUCAAGAAGUCGAUGGAGAAGCCUUUCUUGACUUAACGCACGCUGGCCUUAAAGCUUAUAAGAUACCUCUCAGACCUACUUCAAAAAUUGUAAAGUUGAUUAACGAAAUUCAAAGAGUCCUGAAAGGAACUGCUGAUUCUGUAUAUUUAUUCAUAAACAAUUCGAACGUAUAUAUCCAAGGAAAGAAAGAGACAGCCAGACGUAAAGUUGUAGAUGAACAUCUGGUUCAAAUCGAUUAUGAUAAAUUAGUUAAAACAGCUCAAGUUAGUCGACAUAUGGGUGCUAUUCCUGUUGUUAUAGGAUUGAUUCCUCCUUCUAAAGAUACAAUAUGA